AUGGUCUUCUUGGACAUUUUGUGCAUCGCGCAGCACGAUGAGAAGCUGAAGAAGAAGGGCAUCAUGGGCUUGGGUGCUUUCUUGGUGAACAGCAAGAGCCUGGUGGUUCUCUGGACUCCCCGGUAUUUUAGCCGUUUAUGGUGCACAUUCGAGAUUGCCACCUUCAUGAAAGACCCGGAGCAAAGAGGACACAUCCAGUUCAUGCCGCUCAAGAUGGGAGCGCAAGUCAUCCUUUCAUCUAUCUUCUGGCACAUAAUUGGCUUCAGCUAUGCGGCAUUUUACAUGACCAACCAGGCGCACCUGCCUUCAGCCAUGUGUGUGUAUUCGUAUGGAAGGCUUGAAUGCUUGUCCUCUUGGAAGCAUAGCCAGUCUUUCCCAAGUUUUGUUUCCUAA